AUGCAGAACAGUACGGAUCUGGACCAAUCCGUAAAUCACUUUGAACGGGCCUUGGAUCUCUGUCCUGCGGAUCUUUCCUACCGCCCUGCGGCACUGUUUAAUCUAGCCACCGCAAAGUUUAUUAAUUGCCAAGCUAACACUUAUCUCGACUUCAACAUACCCAUCUCUCUUUUUCAAGACGCACUUGAUUUGCGUCCUACUGGUCAUCCAGACCGACCCACCACCCAACUCCAUCUUGCCAUUUCUCUACUCUCUCGCUUUGCAAAACAGGGAUUUCCAACAAAUGCUCACAUGGCUGAAGGAUUACUGAGCGAGGUACUUAAUGUCUGCCACGCCAACAGCCAUAUCUGCAGGGCAGCUUUGAUGGUAAUCGAAACAUCUGCUCUGCAUGGAUGCAUGGAUGCAAAUGAUCUUCAGCGGGAGCAGCCUGCCCCAUCCAUGCUUCCGUUAUCGCCAAAUCAACUUGUUCAUCGAGCAGAGUGA